AUGGUCUUCAAUUCUAGCUAUCAGUGGGCGACGUUGGCCCUGGCUGCUACUGCUGUCGCGCAGACUACAACCAGCUGCAACCCUCUCAAGAAGACUUGCUCAGCAGACACUGGUCUGAGCCAAUACCGUUACAGUACUGACUUCACUUCUGGAUCUCUGGGUCGCUGGAAUACCACCGCAGGGACCGUGACAACCACUGACCUCGGUGCCAAGUUCACCAUCUCAGAGCAGGGUGACGCACCCACCAUUGAGAGUGAAUUCUACAUCUUCUUCGGCCAUGUCGAUGUUAAGAUGAGAGCCGCCAAUGGCACCGGUGUUGUCAGCACAUGGAUUCUCGAAUCUGACGACCUCGAUGAAAUUGACUGGCAAAUCAGCACCUGGGACACCGAGGUCCAAACCGACUAUUUCGGCAAGGGCAACACGACUUCCUAUGAUAGAGGUACCACUGUGACCGUGUCGACCCCAGAAGAAACCUUCCACACAUACUCGAUCGACUGGACCUCCGAGAGAAUCGAAUGGCUCCUCGACGGCGAAGUCGUACGCACACUCGAGUACGCCGAUGCCCUUUCCGGAGCCAAUUAUCCCCAAACUCCCAUGCGAAUCCGUAUCGGUAUCUGGGCUGGUGGAGACCCAGAUAACUCUGAGGGUACAAUUGAGUGGGCUGGAGGAGAAACAGACUACUCCACACCCAUGUCCAUGUACGUUGAGUCCGUGGAUAUCAUCAACUACACCCCCGCUUCGGCGUACAAGUAUACCGAUAAGACGGGUGCGUAUACUAGCAUCAAGGCUACGAAUGGUACUACCGCGACGAACUUGAGCAGUUCGAACUCUAGCUCCAUUGUUGCUUCUAGCAAGUCUUCCUCGUCAGCUCGUGCUAGCUCGUCUGCCUAUGCUUCUUCCUCGGCUUCGGCUUCUGCUUCUGCUGCGGCAUCUUCGGUUGGUGUUGUCUCUGCUGCAUCGGCUUCUUACUACUGCUCUGGUCUUACUAUCGCCAUGGUCUCUUUUAUCGUUGGCAUGGCCCAGUUCUAG